AUGGCCAACUACGGAACCGUCUCACAGCAGGACACGCCAUCACAGAAUGGCAAUGCCCGUCCAGAAGACGAGGAGACCGCAGCUCUGCUUGGCGGGAAGCCUCAGAGCACCAGCAACAGCAUUGGGAAGCGCUUUCGCAGGCAUAUGAGCGGCAAUGUGAGCAAUGCCUGGGGAGACCUUGCUCUCCUCUUCUGCUACAUCAUCACCGGCUUGUUGGACAGCUGCAGUGUCUUCAUAUGGGGCAGCUUCUUGAGCAUGCAGACUGGCAACACGAUCUACCUUGGCCUCGGGGUGGUAGCUCCCUACGAGUCCAACCGCUGGCUGCGCUCGGGCAUCUCGAUCAUCUGCUUCUGCCUCGGAUCGUUCUUCUUCGCCCGAUAUCAUCGAUACUUUGGUGGCCGCAAGCGAUGGGUUCUGGUCUCAUCCUACGUCCUCCAGUUGAGUCUUAUCAUCGCUGCCGCCCUCAUGGUCACUCUGGGCCCAAAAACUGGCACCUCGGGACCCGUGAGUGUGUGGAUCGCAGUCCCUAUCGCCAUGAUCGCCUUCCAGUCUGCUGGCCAAGCAGUCACCAGCCGUGUGCUCUCUUUCAACAGCAUGACUGGUGUAGUGCUGACGAGCAUCUACUGUGAUCUCUUCUCGGAUGCGAACUUGUUCUCGCCACCCAAAGCAAACGCGGAGCGGAAUCGCAGAGCAGCAGCACCCAUCCUCUUACUGAUUGGAGCCUGCUUUGGAGGUCUGUGGGCUCACAGCGAGACUGGUCUAGCAGGUGCUCUCUGGACGGCUGUGGUGCUGAAAGUGUUCGUGAUCAUCGCUUGGUGCUGUUGGUCGGCAGAGAAGGAGACCUGA